CGACGCGCUGCUGCAGCUCACGUGCGUCAGCUGCGUGCGCGCCGUAAUGAACUCCCAGGAGGGUAUCCGGUACAUUCUCAGCAACCAGGCCAUACGUGCCGCCAGCUCUCCCUGGCUCUGGACACGUCCAACGUGAUGGUCAAGAAGCAGGUGUUUGAGCUGCUGGCCGCCCUGUGCAUCUACUCGCCCGAGGGCCACGCCCUGACCCUGGACGCCUUGGACCAUUACAAGACAGUGUGUGGCCAGCAGUACCGCUUCAGCGUCAUCAUGAGCGAGCUCUCGGACAGCGACAACGUGCCCUACGUGGCCACCCUGCUCAGCGUGGUCAACGCCAUCAUCCUCGGCCCCGAGGACGUCCGCGCCCGCGCCCAGCUGCGCAGCGAGUUCAUCGGGCUGCAGCUGCUGGACGUCCUGACACGGCUGCGAGACCUGGAGGAUGGGGACCUGCUGAUCCAGCUCGAGACCUUCAGGGAGGCCAAGGCAGAGGACGAGGAGGAGCUGCUGCGGGCCUUCGGCGGCAUCGACGUCAACAGCCACCAGGAGGUCUUCUCCGCGCUCUUCCACAAGGUGAGCUGCUCCCCCGCGUCUGCCCACCUGCUCUCGGUGCUGCAGGGCCUCCUGCACCUGGAGCCCAACCUCCGCUCCAGCCAGCUGCUCUGGGAGGCCCUGGAGAGCCUGGUGAACCGGGCGGUGCUCCUGGCCACGGACGGCCAAGAGUGCACCCUGGAGGAGAUGGUUGAACGCCUCCUGUCCAUCAAGGGGCGGCCCCGCCCCCGCUCCCUGGACAAGGCCCACAAGAGCACCCAGGCCGACCUUGGCCAGAGCCAAAGGGGCAGCUCCCCGCAAAACUCUGGCGCCCCAACAGCAGACCUGGGUGGCCAGCAGCCAGCCGCGGCCCUCGGCAGCCCUCUCGUCGCCAGCAACCAGGGCGAGCGCGGGCCUGCACCGCAGCCAACAGCCCCAGAGCUGCUGGAGCGACCCCCGCCCCACCGGCGCCCCCGCUCCCUGGCCCCACGACCGCGCCACCUCCAGCGCCCCCUCCCCCACCUCCCC